AUGGGAACUUGUGCUGCUCAAAAAUAAAAAAAUGUUUCAAAUGAUGGAGAAUUAUCUGAAACCAUGUUUAAAGUGCGAAUGUCUCAUGAUAGUCAAGCUAUUUUGAGAGAGAAAACUAAUUAAAAAGGAAGUUUUAAUCCAUUUAAAAAUCCUAUAGUUAAUAGAAGAAUAAAAGAAAUACCAGUCUAAUCAAAUAAUUGUUCUUUACUUGAAUGA